GCGACGUCGUUGCUGGGUGUGAGUUUUGUGAGCGAGGCGCGCCGGUGCCCGAGUGUCGCGAGUGACAAGUGGCGAGGAGUCGGCGCCGGCGGUCCUGCCCCCCAUCCUGCCCAGAGCUACUGGUGGCCGGCGCGAGCGCGAGUGCCUGCAGCUAAGCCACCGCGACCAUGAGGCGACGCGCGGGCCAAGCCCUGCCUCACUGGCCCUCCGUGCGCUAUGAGUUUUUUGGGUGAGGGCGCCGCGCCAUGUGGCCGCUGCCGUGGGUGCUCGCGCUGGCCGCUGCGGGCCUGGCGGCCGUCUCGCCGACUCCGCCCCCGCCACCCCCGCACUGCCGGCUGUCCGAGUUCCCGUGUGGAGGCGGCGGCGGCGGCGGCGGCCCCUGCGUCGCCCUCGACAGGUUCUGCGACGGCGCAGACGACUGCGGCGACAAGUCCGACGAGCCGCGCUACUGCUCCCCGUGCAACAGGACGUACUACGGCGACGUCGGCCGCACGUACGAGCUGGAAGUGCGGCGGCCGCGGGAGGACCGCCUGCCCUUCCUCUGCCACCUCAACUUCACGGCCGCCGGCGGAGACUACGGGGACAUCGUGCAGCUGACGUUCGACACGUUCACGGUGGGCAAGUUCGUGUCGUUCACGAGCGACGGCUGCCCGGACGGCCACAUGAGCAUCCGGGAGGCGGGCCGGCCCUCCACGGGAGGGCAGUGGUGCGGCAGCGCCUGGGGCUACACCGUCUACUACAGCGAGACGCCCUCCAUCAACCUCACCCUGCAGCUGUACAGGCUGUCCGAGCAGGGUAUCGGCUACAACUUCGAUUUCAAGUUGUCGUACAAGCUGCUGCGGGCGGGUGAGGCCAGCGUGCGGUACGGCAACAGCAGCAGUGGCGGCGGCGCCAGUGGCAGCGGCAACGGCGUGCCGGCGUGGCGCGGCGACCUGGUGCCCGGCUCGUACUGCGACCGCGUGCUGGAGCGGUGCGACGCGCGCGCCUGCCGCGUGCAGUCGCCCAACUACCCGGGCGUGUACCCGCGCAACGCCACCUGCUACUACCGCGUGGAGCAGCGGCCCGUGCCCAGCGGCCGGCACGCGCUCAUCGCCGUCAGCCAGCGCCACUCGCACAAGGUGCACAUCAAGGACCAGGUCGCCGAGUACGACCGCACGCAGCGCGUGCUCAGGGUGUGGGACCAGUGUAACGUGGUGCAGGACUAUCUGACGGUCUACGACGGCUCGUCGACGACGGACCCGGUGCUGGUGCGGCUGUGCGGCGGCGACGCGGUGCCCGACAUCGUCAGCAGCGGGCCCAACAUGCUUCUCGAAUUCCACACCUCGCCCUACGACAACCCCUUCCACCCCGUGCCGCUCAGCUACCUGCCCGGCUUCGAGCUGGACGUGCAGGUGGUGCUGGUGGACUCCCGGUCGCACAGCUACGUGCGCGACCACGCCCACUGCGAGUUCCUGCUGACGAGCUUCGACGCGCCGUGGGGCGAGGUGGAGAGCCCGCAGCACUCGCUGCCGCCCAACACGACGUGCCGCUACCACUUCCAGGGCCGGCGCCACGAGACGGUGUGGCUGUCGUUCCUCAAGUUCCACCGCGCCGACUGGGACACGGGGGCGGCGGUGGCGGGCUGCGUGCGCCUCUGGGACGGCCGGCUAGACCCGGUGACCAACAGCAGCGGCGGGGGCGGCGCGGGGGCGGUGCAGCUGCUGGGCGAGUUCUGCAAGGAGGAGGCGCCGCGCCUCUGCGACCACAGCCUGCUGAGCAACAGCACGCGCCACACGCGGCCGUGCGCGCUGCCCGAGAGCUACGUGUCGUCGGGCCCGGAGCUGACGCUCGACACGUUCCAGGCGAGCGCGCUCUUCCCGCUGUCGUUCGUGCUGCGCUACGAGUUCGUCGACACGUCGCUGGAGGGCGCGCCCGCCGCCGGCGCCGAGGCCGGCCCCUGCGACCGCGUCUUCCGCUCGUCGCCGCUGUCGCCGCGCGCCGGCCGCUUCCAGUCGCCGCGCAGCGUCUUCCUGUACGGCCGCGGCGGCGCGCACAACCUCAGCUGCGUGCUGCGCUUCGAGGCGGCGCCGGGCGAGCGCGUGCGCCUCACACUGGCGCGCGCCAGGUUCGGCGAGCGCGCCUGCCACUCGCGCCGCGACCCGCGCACCGGCCGCUGGCGCUGCUCCAGGCCGGCUCCAGCCGGAGGCCGCGCGGCGCGCGCCGCCGCAGCCGGCGUCGCCGAGCUCUGGGUGUCCGAGUACCCGUGGCCCGGCGUCCAGCUGCCCAGGGACUGCAUCUGCUCCAGGCUGUCGGAGCCGCUGCCGAUGCAGACGCUCUCCUCAUCCGUCGUGGAGGUCAAUUUCACGGUCACCUUCAUGAACAUCACCCAGGACUUCAGCGACUUCAACUUCGAAGGCGAAUACCAGUUCGUGUCGGCUGCCGAAGUAGGAGACGGCUUGUCGUGCCUUGCGACAAGAGACGAUCGGAGGUUGCGCGGCUCCAGCGGCGAGAUCACGCUGCGCAGCCCCGCGGCCCAGCAGCAGCAGGCCAAGACGGCGGCGGAGGGUGCUUCCAGCAGCGCGCUGCUGUCCGGGGACGGCGCCGGCCUCGGCUGCGUCAGCCACCCCUGGCUCAUCGAGCCGGAGGACUCGGCCAACAGCUUCCUCUACCUCAAGAUCCGCGGCUUCGAGCUGCCCUACAACGCUCGGGAGGAUGCCUGCCCCACGCUCAAUCGCAUCGUCGUUUAUUCUGGCGUCGAUACUCGCGACCCUAAGGUGGUGUGUCCGGUGGAGGCGGCGGGCGGCCGGCGCGAGCUGCAGGUGUUCUCGGAAGGCUGGGAGCGCACCGCCACCUCCACCGCCUCCGCCGCCGCCGGUGCCAACGCUUCCGGCACCGUCGCCGCCCAAGCGGGGCCGCCGACACCGCUGCUGCUGGCGCCGCACGCGCGCAGCUUCAUCGUCGAGUUCCUGGAGCGGCAGCCCGGCAGUUACGCCGUCACCUGGAUGGAGGUGUCGCGCCGGCCCCUCCUCUCCGCUUCCAGCUACUUCGUCAUGUCCGUCGCUGCCCCAGAAUGUCCGUACAGGUGUCCCGAGCUGAACGCGUGCAUCAGCGCGGCGCUGUGGUGCGACGGUGCGCGCCACUGCCCGUCCGGCUUCGACGAGGACGACGCCAACUGCGCGUACCAGCUGGCGGUGCCGGCUCUGUACGUGGCGAUCGGCGCCGCGGCGCUGGCCGUGCUCCUGCUGCUGGUCAGCGUCACCGUCUGCGUCAAGCUGGCGCAGCGCCGGCGCGCCGCCGAGCGCGACAAGAAGGUGGCGGCGGCGGCGGCGGCUGCCGCGGCGGCGGCGGCGGCGGCGGGCAACGGCGCGCGACAGCUGCAGCACAACGGCGACAGCAAGCGGUUCGCCGAGUCGCUCUUCCUCGACGCCAAGGACUCCCUGUGUUGACAAAACGUCGUUGCCAUGGAGACAACCGUGUGACGCCCGACCGUCUCCAGGCAAUGCUCGCCCCGCCACAAGAAGAAGGGCAGCCGCGCACCGCGGGUGCGUUUCGCCGAAUCGCCGCCGGCGCCACAACUGUUCCCCGCGGCUGAGCGGCAGGUGCUCUUCUACUGAACCCCAGGGCGUCGCCUCGCACACACCUGUGUGUGUGUACAGUCCCUCACAAACGGCCAGUGACGUAUCCCGAGACUGACAUUUACCGUGUUUAAAGCGUACGCUAUACCGUAUUUACUUGAAAAACAGUGUGACAGUGCGUUGUGUGUGACGACUGCGCACGUCAGCUGUUAUAACGGACUAAUACUUACAGCUGACUGUGCAGCCUCUCUGUUACUCCAUGAACGGACAUAAGAAACAGUUCUGCUUCCCGAUACCGGUGAAAUUGUGACACAGCGAGUGUGUAAGAAGUGGCAUGCGAGGCAGUGUUCCUAGCAGAAUAAUUCCCCUAAUGAGCGAAGAAAAAAUUUCUAUGGUUGUAUCCGAUGUUAAUCCAAACUGCACCGGCAAAAUUCCGGAGGUUGUUGAGGGAUAUUACUUGAGUAUUGUGGUAUAAGGGACCCGACGUCUCCGGUGAAUCGUAGUUGUCCGUAAACUGAAAACCUUGAGGUGAUUACCCUCUCUCUCUCUCUCUAUCCACCAACGUCACAAGGAACAGCUGAAGGCUCUUUUCCUAUGUUAUAUAGACCUUUUCGCAACGUGACGUUUGAAUCAGUGGCUAUGCACUGCUUUGACGUGCUGGUAGUGUUUAUUGCCCACUAAAUCUGCUAACUAUGUGUGCAAUAUAGAAAUCAGAAACUGAGCGCAAAAUACGCACGUCAAACGAAUCUCCAUAAAUCAGCCUAUGCUACAUUGCACUACUACUUGUUUAAAAUGAAGAACAAACCGCGUUCAGUCACAACUUGUGACUGAAGGCGGAUUGUUCUUCAUUUUACGAAAGUAAAACAGUCGCUCACGAAACACUGAAAAACAAUGAAUAAAAUUAAAUUCAAUUUUUUUAUUAUUUUUUUAUUUCUUUUUAUUUUAUUUUAUUUUAUAUAUAUAUAUUUUUUUGCUUCAUUUCGUGCCCAUACAACCAUUUCAACAGUGGAAAGAGGAUACGUCUGUGGUUAAUGCGAUAUUCGGCGUCAGUAAUGACGACACGAAUGUGAGGACAACACAACGCUCAGUACCCGAGUAGAAAAAUUCUGCGACUAAAUUCUUAGUCAUAGUGUACGACAGACAAGGCGUUCUACCAGGAAAUGCCACUUCCCCCACCACAACUGCCGCUUGUUCUUCAGUUUACAGGCAAACUAUACGCAGUAAUUUAAUUUUGUUUGAUUUAUUAUUACCUUAUACACUUGUGUCUAUACUGCACGGAAAAAUAUACGCAUAGCGGUGCAAAUGUCGUCACUAUGUCUGCGAGCAACCUUCUCCCAUUCCCUCUCGGUACAUGCUGUUGAAAACAGUAAUUCCCACAUUACUCUUCGCCCUCAACUUGCUUUCAAUACUGCGCGCGUCUGUCUCGGCCUUGUUUCUCCCGCGCGCUAGCUAUACGUUUUUCUUCGUUUCCCAAAGCAGAUAAAAUAUACUACCUGACUGGGAAUCGAAGUCGAGCCUUUUCGGAUAGAAAUUCGCCGGACGUAUCUUGCAGCUGCCGAAGAGUACCAGCUGUAGGCUAACAGUGGUGCACACCGAUGAGGGUACGUUUUCUGGUGAAGUUGGCCUAUGUCCACCUCGUGUGUUCCUUCAAGGCUGUGGGAGAGCUGAACUGUUUCCGCAGCAAAGGCAAGUCGGCAAACAUCGCAACACUUCUGCAUCAGUACAUACGCAUUUGUGUAACGUGUCGUACAUUUUGGUGACUGUUUGUCAUAGGCAUUAUUGCGGAGGUAUUGUCACAGAAACAAAUGGAAUUUGACUAACAAAUCAAUCGUAAUUACAUUUUUACUGUCCGCCUCGAUAGCUGAGAUAUAUUUUGCCGGCACGGUCGCUCAGCGUGUUCGGUCAGAGGGUUAUCUGCCCUCUGUAAUAAAAAAAAAACUGAGUUAAUGGAUGAACGAUGAACUUGAACAAGAGUCAUGGGACGUCGUCCCGAACAAAUAGAACGAAUAAUCACGAACAAAACGAGAGAAAAAAGUGGUCAACGUGACGGAAUCCCAUGCCAAGGGGUCCGGGUUCAAUUCCCUGCUGGGCCGGAGAUUUUCCCCGCUCAGGGACUGGGUGUUGUGUUGUCUUCAUCAUCAUCUCACCCCAUCGACGCGCAAGUCGCCAAAGUCGCGUCAACUAAAUAGACUUGCAUCAGGCGACCAGUCUACCCGACGGGAGGCCCUAGCCACACGACAUUUCAUUUCAUUUUUACAUUUUUACUGUGUAAAAAGCCUUCGCAGGCCACCGUUCAAGAAAACGGAAAUUCAGAAAAUGUCCCUGAACAACCUCGGAAAUUCUGUUGGUGAUCUUCGGACUUACAUUGUAUUUUGUGAAAUGCUUGAUCUCAUUCGUUAAAAGGUACCAAGGUGAGGUGGCCUGCAAACAAAUAACACCACCAGUGGCAGCUGUAUUUUGUGAAUCUCCACGACGCUAGGCUCGUAACCAAUUGAAAAUGACCCUGGCGGCUGAAACGCGACGUGGCAUUUGAAAGUAACAUAGCAUCCGCUGCUAUUGUUUAUUUUCAGUUAUUAUUACAGUUGCCGACAAUGGACCACAAUGUUAGAUGUGCUGGACAAACGAAGGUGAGGUGUGCACGGGAACCUCAAAUUUUGGUACCUACUUCAGAAAGUGACUUGCUGUAGAAAUUAUUCUGGAGACACUAUUUGUAAAAACUAGACGACGGUAUAAACUAAUUUUCAAUAAGGAAUUUCAGGAAGUCUCCGAAUGUUGCAAAAAAUCCAGUUGCUAAACCAUUACAAGUUUCAGGUCAUAAAAUGACUAAGCUACAUAAAGGAUGUUGUGAAGAAAUAUUUAACAUUUUUUUCGGCCGUGUGCUAUUAUACAUUAAAUAAGGCAUUUGAAUAAGUGGCGUUCAUGUUUUACUAACAACCUCCGAGCACAUUCUCUGCAAUUCUUGAACUGUGUCCCUAGAUCACUGUGCUCUUGACAAUCGAGUAUAUUUUAUUCCGAGUAUAAACGUUGUACAAGAUAACUGGAUAUAUGAAGUUGUUAGAUGAAGAACAGACGUCAAUUACAACAUCAGAUUCCUAGACAAAGAGUAAGUGCAACGGAAGACGACUGACUUUAUAAACUGAUGAAGCUGAAAUACUACUCAGUACUUCUCAGUGGAUGUCCUAUAAAGAGCAAGUUGAAAGUUGUAAGAGUAAGACGUAUUUUCAUGGGAAUGAUACGUUAUCUUUCUUGACUGAGAUGUAUUAUUUAUUUUCUGGUGCUAUGCAACCCAUAUAUAUUACCUCGAAACAUAUUUGUGUAAUGGAGGUGACUAUUUCAUCAGUGUUGGAACGUGCUAGGACUGAAGACGAAGAUAGGGUGAAAUGAAUGCGGUGCAGAAGUCAAGGUCAUCUAGACCAAAAGACUGCUGUUAAUUUAUUUUGUGAUCUAGGGGGGGGGGGGCGAUCUGUAAAUUGGUUUCUGUUACUUUUCAACUGACAAUUCAAUGUCGCUUGUGAUGCUAUGAGUGCAUAUUUUAUACGGAUGCGUUUUGUGAGACUGCAAUGAAAUGUGUUGAGUAUUAUUUCGUCUAAAUAACAUGAACAAAUGUGAAAGAUGUAUGCCGAUAUAUAAAUAAAAAAUAAGUUUGUGUAUUCUGUGUUCAAAUAUAUUUCUUAAGUU